UCGGUGUUUUUUGUAAUAUCCGAGGAGGAACGCUUCUGCGGAUUGAAUAAAAAAAUACAAAUAUUAGCAAGAAACAGCGCAAUAUUUUUAAUAAAACAAAAUAAUAUCAAUAUGUUAGCUCUGAGCCAAAAGCUUGAGCAUAGUCUAGGGCUGCUUAAGAAAUAUGAAUGGUUAUUGGACGCUUAUGUUUUGGACUUUUUCCUGGACGACCAUUGGAGUAAACUUCCCGAAGUCUGGCAGCAGCACUUGGCGAAUAUACCCCUUGAAGACCUGAGCGAGCUGCUUCAAGACGAGACUGUGGAGCACGAAGAAGCAUGGCCAGUAGAACUGAUAGAACUACAAAGGGAGCUGCGGCAUCUUUGCAUCCGCCGUACACCCAAGAGUCAACCCGAAAAUUCCUUGCCCUGUCCAUUGCUGGAUCAUCCUAAGCUGAAGCACAUGUUUACGAAGCGAGUAAAGCCGAAAAAACAACAUGAGAUCCGCCGGAUGGCAGAGAUUUGUGCACUCAGUAACCGACAAACACCUGUUGACUUCAUAGUGGACUUUGGAGCUGGCGUAGGUCACCUAGCGCGGCUCCUUGGCUAUGGCUAUGGAAUAUGUGUGUGCUGCUUCGAGAUGCAACCAGAUCUCAAUCAGCAAGCGAGAGAAAUUGACAUGAAACUGGAAUCUAUGGCAGCCAAACACCUCAAAACCGAAGACACCAGCCACUUUCAGCGGCCCGUGCACCUCACGCAGCGCUUGGAUAGCGACACACUACCAGAGCGGUUUCUCGCCAGCAUCCGGGAUGCAUUGGGGCUGGAAAACGACGACUUUACAUUCGGUAUCAUUGGCCUGCAUCCGUGCGGCAAUUUGGGGCCAACCUUAAUGCGCAUGUUCCUCGGCUGUUCGCAAGCCAAGUUCCUCAACUUUGUGGGCUGCUGCUAUCAGAAGAUGACCACCCAGGCCACGCAUCCCAGAGAACGGGUGUAUGGUUACCCACUAAGCAGGUUUCUCAAUGAAAAAUCCGGCUCACAACUGAGCUACGAAUCCAGGGAGAUCUCUUGCCACGCCACAGAGGUGUACCAGGAUCGCCUGCGGACUGGAGAAUACGAGCACCUACGGAUUCACUCUCUCCGGGCGGCCGCAGAGCGCAUCAUCGUUCAGCAAUUUCCAGAUCUCCGGCACUGUGCGCUGCGCAAUGUCAAGCAUUCGACGGGCAUGACUUUUCAUCAAUACUUCCAAAGAGCCGUGCAAGGAACUAGGUUUGAAGCUCUAGACAGCCGGGUUCUCAGUAACGAGCAAACGGCAACGGAUCUGUCCAACUGGCAGCGUAUCGUAAGUUUCUACACAUUGCGCUUAAUGAUGGCUCCUCUGGUAGAGAGCAUUAUUCUCAACGAUCGGUGCUUAUUCCUAAUGGAGAAUGAUUGCCAAGUGCGGAUAGAGGCAAUAUUCGAUCCCCGCCUCUCGCCCAGAAACCACAUCACCAUGGCCACAAAACCCUGACUCCGAUAGGGUAGAA